AUGGAUUUCGAAAGUAUGUUUCCAUCAAUAAAUCUUACCUCGUGUUUUCAGGAAUUAGUGAACCUGUUAUGUGAGUUACAACCAAAAGCAUACGAACACAAGAAAGAUUUAGAGAUAAUGGUUGAUCUGAUAUGCUUUCAGUCGUUUUUCAUUUUCCAAGGUAAAGUUUAUAAGCAGUUAAGGGGAGUCCCGAUGGGCAGCCCGAUGUCUGGCCUACUCUGUGAGUUGGUGCUGAGAAAAUUAGAAAGCAUGACGCUUAUCAACUAUAAUGAGUACAUAAUCAUGUACAAAAGAUAUGUAGAUGAUGUUCUAAUUAUUUGGAAGAAUGACGCAAUGAUAAAACGAUUCUUAUGCCAAGUGAACUCUAACCAACAUGGCUUAAAACUUAACCUGGAGCAAAUUAGUAACAAGGAGCUGCACUUCCUGGACGUCAGCAUUGAAUUUAAGAAUGGAGCUUUAUGUACGAAGAUCUACAUUAAGCCCACGCAUGAUCCUAUGUAUAUUCCGGCAAAUUCUAAUGACCCAACGGUUUAUAAGCUGUCCGCAUUUAGAGCGCUAAUCAGAAGAGCGUUUCUCUAUUGCUCAAAUGUAAUAGACACCAUGAAUGAAUUGUGUAGGAUCAAAAAAGUUGCAAAGGAGUUAGGGUUUGGAGUAAGAUCUAUAGAACGUUUAAUAGAAGCGUACGUAAAACCUAAGAGCAGCUCUAAGAAGAAACCGGAAGCUGGGGGUAACUUCGCAAGGUUUACCUAUAAUAAAUGUCUCUUCCCGAUUAUGAAGCAAAUAGCGAGGCACAAAAACGCCAGUAUAAUAUAUAAAAGGGCCCCCACAGUGUAUAGGUUGAUUAGAAAUGACAAAGAAAGAAUUGAUGAUAACGAACAGGCAGGAGUUUAUGCAAUUCCCUACAAAAAUGACCAGUUGGGAAUCGAUAAGGACUAUGUUGGGGUCACUAAUAGAAACCUUAGGGUGAGAAUUAAGGAGCACCGAUACGAUGUCGCAAAAAACAAGUGUACAACAGCAUUAUCCAAAAUGGCGCAAGCGGAUGGUUCGAUUGUUAAAUGGGAGGAUGCCAAAAUUCUUACAAAAGUACGCUCGCCAACGUUGUCAUCCAUAANAUGUAUGUAA